UUAAAAAUUAAAAAUUAAAAAUAGAAAUAAAGACUUUUCUGAACAGAAAUCUAUCUCCCAAUUUUAUCCACUCAAUUUCACAUUUGCUGGCCUUGUUUCUCACUUACGGACUGUUCCGAUAACCUCAUUCUUCAAAAUCUUCAGGCUGUGAUGUGGCUGCUUACUACACUAAACACGGGCUAUGUAGGUCCGCCCCCGCGUGUUUUAGAGUUCCGAGGCUGUUCUAAGUUAAUCAUCUAGUUACUGUAUGGCAUUUGUCAUGGCACCUUUAACGAUUACUCCAGCUUAUAAAAUAGUUCAUAACGGGCGAACUUCUCAAGUUACAAUUCCUAAUGCUGUUAGAAUGCCUAGAAACCUCCCUAACACAACAUACUGGCGAUGCUCGGCUACUGCUACUGAUACUUCAUUGUUAUAUGAGGUAGAGAAUAGAAAACAUGAUUUGUUGAGAGCAGUUCAAGAGACUGAAAGGGGUCUCAAAACAACGCCUGAACAACGGUCUUCCAUUGAGGAGGCACUAGUGACUGUGGAGAAAUAUGAUGCCGGUGAGCCAAUUGAUUUGGCUAAACUGGACGGUACAUGGCGUCUUCAGUAUACUUCUGCUCCUGAUGUCGUUGUCCUUUUCGAAGCUGCUAGUAGACUUCCCAUCUUUCAGGUGGGUCAGAUUUUCCAGAAAUUUGAAUGCCGUAAUGAAUCUGAUGGCGGUGUUGUCCGCAAUAUUAUCAAAUGGGGCAUUCAAAACCUACUAGAGGACAAUGAAGGUGCUACCCUGCUUGUAUCUGCAAAGUUUUCAGUGGUUUCACGUCGCAAUAUCUUCCUUCAGUUUGAAGAGAUUACUCUUCAAGACAUUGUUAUAAGUGAGCAGUUACAGGCUGUUAUAGCUCCAGCCCUGCUACCACGAACAUUUUUAAGCUUACAGAUUCUACAGUUCAUCCGUUCCUUCAAAGCUCAGAUUCCUGUAACAAGCACAAGUCCACAGAGGCGAUCAAUAGGAGGAUUAUAUUACCUUUCCUACAUGGAUAACAACAUGCUCGUUGGUCGUGCAGUUGGAGGUGGAGGGAUCUUCGUGUUUACUCGAGCUCAACCUUUUGUCUGCUGAUAACAUUGAGCCCUGGGUUUUUAGUAAUUGAACUCUCAAUACCAAACAUGUAUUUUUGGCCAGAAUUUGGUUCACAAUCCAACAGUUUAAUUUUGUUUUGAUCAGUAAAGCAUCAAUAUACUUGAUUUUGGUUUGUGUAAA